ACAACCAGCUCAGCUGCGGCGGCUAUUGCCUGACCUUGUCAUGGGCGCCUGGAUGUCAGUCAGUAUCGUCACAACACGCCGGCACUGGCAUUUCGACAGCAGAAGAGGCACACGAUGAGCUUCGAAGACUGACCCAUUCGUUCAUUCCUGAGCCACGAUAGCGAUCGACCCUACCACAAUGGCAUUGAUCAGGAUUCUCGCGACUUUGCUCCUACCCACGAUAGCAACCUGCCAGACCUCCACGACACUGGUAACUGCGACUACGACAGUCACUGCGACGGAAAGUGGUGCAUGCAAUGAUUUUGUCGGCGCAUGCGUUGUCUACGGCGCCGAAGGGGCAGCGCCAUAUACCACCACGGUCUACGCUGGAAACAGCGAGACUUCCAGAACGACAGUCACCCCCACCACAACCGUCUCAAUAGGCGCGGCAGAUACCACAGCCGAUGCAGCAAGCGCAUGUCGGGAUUUUGUAGGAGCUUGCGUAGUCUAUGGAUCAGCUGCGGCAGGAGCAAGUUACACAACGACAGUAUACAAUGGAAACAGCCUACAAACGACACUAGGGAACAGCGGAGGAUACAUUGGCCCUGGAGGAUCUAGCGAUGGGUACAUCGGAGAGGCUAGCAGUCUGAACAUGCGAAUUGUCAUACCCUUGAUCAGCCUCGCGGUGGUCAAUGUAGGAUUCUUUGUCUGGAUGUAAAGAGCUAGCACAUGCUCAUGAGGAAUGACGGCAUGGGGAACGAUACGAUACGAUGCGAUGCGAUACGAUACGAUACCUACCACCUAAUGUCUACGAGCGCAUAAUUGAUGGCACAGGUCAUUUCAAACUCAUUUGGACUCGCGGAAGAGUCAGGCAUCC